AUGAUCGAGAUCACGCUGAACGACCGACUCGGGAAGAAGAUACGCGUCAAGUGCAACGAGGACGACACCAUCGGUGAUUUAAAGAAACUCGUCGCCGCGCAGACGGGGACGCGGCCGGAGAAGAUACGGAUACAGAAGUGGUACACGAUUUAUAAGGAUCACAUCACGCUGGACGAUUACGAGAUUCACGACGGGAUGAAUCUGGAGCUGUACUUUAACUAG